UUCACUGUUUUCCUGUUGUACCACAAGCUAUUCUGGCUUGGCCCCGAUUGUAACAAAACCAGUUCCCACGUCGCAGUGCGAAAAUGUGUACAAAUACUGCAAUAUACCCGCAGUAAAUUGGCCGCAGGAUCGGGUAUAUAUUUAUGUUGUGUGCGAAAGGUUUUCUGACACAACAUCCAGGUGCUCCGCCCUAUUUUAAGUUGUUUGGUGGCGAAAGGGAGGUACAACCAUGCCCGUAAUGCCAGUUAGUGCAGGAAUGUGGAUCCGUUUUGUGUCAGUAAAGUAAAAAAAAUUAAACGAAUCAGAUUGGUAAAACAGGAUACUCCUGUCCUGUUGGCAAUAAAAAACAAACAACAGAUUCGAUCCUAGUUUCAUAGCCAAGUGUCCGCCGGAAUGAGGGUGGCGGCGGAUAUGGUGUACGACUACGGCAGCGAGGACUCAAUGGGCACCACCCACCUGGACUGGCCGUUCCUCAUCAAGGGCAUUUUGGAGGGCCAGACCUGCACACCAACUGCCCCGGAACCGUUGGCCGCCAUUCUGUGGGCCAUCUUUGCUGUCUUCGGCAUCGUAUAUGCUUUAUUAGGUUACCGAUGCCUCCGCGCCGUGGGCUUUCUCAGCGGGUUGAUGGUGGGGGCCAAUGGCAUCUUUAUACUGCAAGACUUCCAGAUCACCUUUCUGGGCAAGCCGGCGGACUCGGCGCUGGCCAUUGUGGCCGGACUGCUGGGCGCGGUUCUUGGCUCCACAUAUCCGGUGGCCUCAGUACUAAUUAGUGCCUUUGCCGGUGCCCUGCUCUCUGGCGCCGCAAUGGCAGUGUGCGUGGCCACUUUUCCAGAUAAUGAGUUCGGGUACCGCGAGAUCUAUGUGGCCGUAGUGGGCGGCGCUGUCAUUUGCUCGGUACUGACCUUAUGCUGUGUCAAAUACGUGACUAUACUGACAUCCAGUAUUGUGGGCACUGCCAUGAUCCUCAGCGCCAUUGACUUCUUUAUGCACGGCCUGGAGACCAUCAACUGGAUAAUCGGCAUGCGGCCACAUCCUUCGCCACCACCCUGCUAUGGAGGCCUCCUUAUCGCCGCCUGGCCCGUUACCAUCGUCCUUAGCAUAAUGGUACAGUGCUUCAUAACAGCCUGGCGUGUGGAUCAUCGCAAACGGGUCUAUAUGCGACACCACAAUCACCCUGGUCACGCCCACGGUGCCCACCUGCCGCACAGCCAGCAGCAGGCGGGACCAGGCCACGCUCUUGCCCCCGUCCGACGAUCCCAGUCCCGUACUCGAGAGACACGCGAGGAGGCCAGGCAGCGCAAGUUCCGUUAUCUUUACCAGGUUCGCACGGCACGCGGCGACAUCAUAUCACAGAACUUUGUUUCGGCCCUGCAGAAACGCAUCCAGUUGAGCGGCACGGAGACACCCUCAGAGCGAUCAAUCAAGAGUAGCUCGAACGAGCGAAACACAUUCCGAAGCGACCGCACGCAUUUCACCACCAUCCAUGAUCCGGAUUCGGAGCUCUGCGAUAAGAUUGAGAUCGUCCGUGACAUUGGAUAACAAACAAGCAAUAGCUACAUGUAACUAUACCCGUAAGGGGGCUACGGGCUGCGGUACUUGGUCGUGGAUGGGAUAUGGGUCGGGGGUUAAAGCUGGAUAAGCCAGAGUAUAGGAAAAAGGAUCAAGGACUCUAAAGAGUUCUACGAAGAGAGACGAGGGUGGACGGAUGACUCAAACAAGUACGGUUGCAUGUAGACUUUGUAGAUGAGGCACAAAGUGCCAGACACACCGGAAACGGAAACGGAUAGACAGAGUGGAAGAUCAUUGGAAGCUUUAAAUAUCAGAGGAUAUACGGAUCUGGAGCUGGUUUCUCGCACAUUGGAGAACUUUCAAGAGAUCAGCGGGACAAGUAAUAGUUUAGGAUUAAUUGAAUCGUGCACAGCUAGAAUCUAAGACAGACCGGAUUGCCCAGUGACGAUGGCAAGUCCCUUUUGUUCUCUUCACUUAUUCGAAUGUUACUAACGAUACAAAUACUUACUAUGUAUGAUGAUAACAGGGAGAAAGAGUCGUAUAUAAGCGAGGGCUACUUACAUAUAAGUUGACAUCUGCGAUGAUGAGUGAUGAAUGAUUUAUUGUGGAUCAUGGUUACUUCGUAUUCCUGUAACUCAAACUAUACCUAACCAAGUACUUGUAACGCUUCACCCACUUCGAAUAUAGCCAGGCAACCGCAAUUAACUAAUCAGUUCAUAUCUGUGUUAUAAUUAUACGAUUCAAGGGUGAACCACGGAUACAAGUGGAUCAUGCUCAUGAAUAGAGCGUUGAUAUUUCGUUCCAUUAAAACUAUCUAGUGAAUAGGUCUAAGAAUUGUGUUGUAAACUCUCUACAAUUUCCCCCAGCCCUAUCAAGACAGGCAAGAAAAUAUGAAACAAUACAAUACCUAUUAAGUACAAUAAACGAAGGGAAGUGAGGGAAAUGUUUAUGACCUAUACUCAAUUUAGUACGACUGCCGACAGUCCGGACAAAUGCAUUUGAAUUAUAUUAUAAUAUAAACCUGUACAGUUGGAACGGAACCAUAGCCACUUAGAGUUAGACCUAGCGUUAGCAAGUCGAUAAGCCAAAGCUAAAGCCAUUUAAUUGUCGAUAUAUGUAACUCACAAUCGCUGCAAGGGAAGGGAAUUUAAGGUCCGACCAAGUCAAAAUUCAGCAUUGAACACCCCUUAACUAUCCGCUCGAUAAGCCGUCUUAGCAUUAUCCAUAAGAUUAACGUUCAAAAAAAAAUAUAUAUAUAUUAUAAGAUUAUUAGAUCCAUGCAAACAGCGGUACAAACUCUAAAAAUUCACGCGAUAAAUGCUAGCCGAGACAUAUGUACCAAGUUAAGUGAUAUAAAACAAUUUUUAAUUGUCUAGUUAAAGGGCCUAAACUCAAUAUUUGCUAAAUAUAAAUCUAAACAUCUUCAAGAUAUUAUGUUCUAAAAGGUCUUGGCGGUCUUCCAUAGUUUUUUUUUUUUUUUAAUAAUUUUUUUAGUACAUGAUUGAUUUUAUCCCGCAAAUUAGCUUAAGCUCAUUAACUGGACAUUUACAAAGAAAUAAAUAAAAAUAAGUAAAUAAAAACCGAACAGAAAGAAAGUUCGCCAAACCUUGAAGGAUUGGACAUUGCCAGGCAGAAACUUCCAUAUCGAAUCGGUUGGUUUCCAAAUCACAGAUAUAUAACUCAAGUUUCUUGUUAUGUUGAUUAGCACUUAGUUUUUAGGAAUUGCUGCCGUCCGCAAUUGUUGAUUUAAAUACUAUCCAAACAAACUGAAAAAUUACAACAGAAACCUCACACAUUUUUGGGAAUUUUUCAAAUUGAGUAUAAACAUUCAAUGAGUUCAAAAGUUCUUUGCUUUUUAAAUCACCUAAAAAAUGAUUAAAAUGCAAAAGUAACUCGAAAUAUAUUUCCAAUUCAAGAUAUAAAACCCCAUAGUUUGUGACUGUUUCAUGUGGUUUGACUCUAUAAUUUACUAUCAGUUGUUAAUUCUGUUCCUCUUGCGGUUUUAAUGUUCAACAGCAAUGUCCAAUCGGGGGAUAAUACCAUAGGAUAUAUAGUAUGUUGUACAUUUAAGUUUGGAAAAUAAGAGAGAUUUUUGUAAGGCAAGACACUUAAUUCCAUAUAAUGAAAAAAGAUAAUAACUGCAAACUAAAGUAGUGGAAAUCAUAAAACAAGUUGCACAUACAUUAAUAACUGUAUACAUUAAAAAUAAAAUCCAAAUAAAAAAUAUAUAAGAAUUAAAAGGCCAAAACCAAUUAAAUACAGUGCAAUGCCAGCUUUGGUUAUUGCUUUGGUGGAAAUAUUUAUAGAGAAAGGUCUCAAGGUCUUAACCAAUUAAAGUCCAAAGCGAAAUCAAGGCUUGGAAAGUAUAUACUGUCAAUAAAAACAAAACAUCUUGUAAUAACCAAAAAGAGAAAACUUAUUAAAUAAACGAUGCAGGCCAAACAUUCGUGUUGUUCUUUAAAU